UUGCACUUCGGCUAACUCAGGUGCAGCAGAAAUGAAUACAUUUUUGUGAGCACACCCAUUGAAUAUUGCGUGUUAACGUUGGAUUAGGCUCAUGGGUUUACAAAAGGCUAUUUUUAGUUUAUUCGAGUCACGUUGACGUAGUUGCGAGUCACUUCCGCAUAUGGUUUCUGCUAUUUUCUGUUUCAUUUGAAAUCUGAACGAGAUAUUUGCAACAUGGAGUUUGCUUCGACUCACGUGUACAACUACGAUGAAUCUGAUGAAGAGGAAAUAACAGAAAAAGAUUUGGACCUCAGGUUCCAGUCUGGAAAACUCCCAUCAAAACGUUUAGUUCACACUACCAACCGUUACGCUGUGCACAAGAAAGCUCUCAAUAUAUGCCGUUGGGUUUUCAGGCAAAUCUGGCUGGAGUUGCUCAGUCAGAAGUGAUUUAUGACAAUACUGGCUGCCGUCCUAUACAGAACCAACGUCAAGAAGCAAUCUAUGACAACUUAAAAGCUCCUGAGCCCCCACCCCCUAGGGUCAAACCCAAGCCCAAGAGGAACAAAGACACCGGUGAAUAUGCCUCGGCCUAUGAAAUGCUCAGGCCAGGAGAUCCCUACUACUAUAUCCAGGGGGAGGGAGCUCCUCAGCAGCCACCGCCCUUACCUCCGAUGAGGAAGCCAGUGAAGAAAGAGCCAAGUAAGAAACACCGUCGGGCAGAUACCAACGUGAUCGCCGUCAAGUUUGACAUGCUGGUCAACCCCAGCCACCUGCAUGCAGGCAGCCCAGUCUUCUGCAGUAACUGUGAAGCAGCAUUCUCCGCUGUCAGUAGAAUUACCCCCAGUGGAGAUGGGGCACAGAUCUGGAAAUGUGAAUUUUGUGACAAGAGGAACCCGGUGACUGCUGCGAUGCAGAGUAUUCCCAAGGAGGAUGACUUGACCUUCACCAUUCAGCCUGGGUCAGGGGGAGGGGACGACACAGCUGUUAUCUUCAUGGUGGAUAUCUCAGGCAGCAUGUCAGUAACCACAGCGGUUCCAGGAACUUCUCUUAAGGACCAGAGACUUAAUGAUGCGGGGGCGGCUCUCUCCGCCUAUAAAGAGGAACUAGCUGAGCAGGAGGAUAGAUACACUACGGGACCCAAGACGGAAUGCACUUACGUCUCAAGACUACAGGCCAUGCAGUCGGCCAUUGAUCAACAACUUUGGAAAAUGGAGAAAUCCCUUGGAAACAAGCGAGUUGGACUGGUGGCCUUCAACGACAAUGUGACUGUGAUCGGGGACGGAAGCCAGGAACCAGUGCCUCUAGAGGGCGCCGGUUUGACGGAUGAGCAGAGCAUCAUUAGCUUGGGCAAGAUAUUCCCCCUGCCGGCCCCCAUCAGCGAAGUCAGAAGAUGUCUCUCAGAUAAGGUCUUCAGCCUGACGGAGGGAGGACAAACGGCUCUUGGACCAGCCCUCAUUUUAUCCGUUGCCAUGGCGUCACAGAAGCCAGGGUCAAAAGUCAUAGUGUGCACAGAUGGCUUGGCUAACGUUGGGCUUGGAAAGUUAGACGUCACAGAUGAUGAACACUAUGAUAAAGCCUCUGAAUUCUACGAGUAUGUCGGACAUUAUGCCAGGGACAGUGGGACCUGUGUCUCUGUGUUAACAAUGGAAGGGGAGGAUUGUCGUGUGAUUGAGCUGGGAAAUGUUGCUGAUAAGACUGGCGGACAGGUGAGUGUGGUUGAUCCCAUGAAACUGAACGAGGAGUUUGCUAACAUCCUAGAUGACCCUAUCCUGGCGACCAACGUCUCAGCCAAACUGGUGCUCCAUAAAGGAUUGUACUUCCGCGACGAUGAGAACGUGGAUGGUGAGCACGUAAGCCACGCGACCCGGAACAUGGGCAUUGUGAACAAAGAUUCCGAGACCACAUUUGAGUUUGGUGUCCGCACUAAGCCCAUACGAGAGGUUAUCUAUGACAACUUUGGUGGCAUGACCAUAACGCACAAAGAUGAUGAGGUCAAAGUGGAGCCAGUUUAUGACUCGGUGAAUCCCAAGAGUAUGAUAGAAGGCAUGGAGAGACUGCCAUUCCAGCUACAGAUCUGGUUCAUGGGACGGAACGGCGCGCAGAAUCUACGCGUCAUCACCAUGGAUCGACCGAUCACCAAAGACCGGCACUUCACUGAGAUGAAUGCUAAUGUAGCGGUUUUGGGAGCCCAUGCAGCCCAAUCGGCAGCUAAGCUUGCCGUGGAGGGCCUGUAUGGAGAAGCACGCAUCAAUGCGCUGGUCACACAGAAACUUGUGGAGAGACAUGCACUACAGCAAGGUGAUGAGGGAGAGGACGUCUAUCAGACCUUUGUAGCCACCUUGGCUCCCAUCCAAUCAGAGCUGUACAGAGCCCACACGUCUGCUCGCCGUCAACCCGGGGCCAGACCAAGCGAAGACCUUGAGGAUGAUGACGAUGAAGCAGCAGUGUACACCGUUUUUGUUGGCAACCAGAAAUCUGUCAAAAGAGGCAUGACAAAGAAGGCCAAGAAGAGAAGACAAAAGAUCACAGACAAGCAGGCCAACCUCUUCUACAAGAUGAAGAACGCCACCAGCAACAUGUUCCAAAAACACAAAGGUCAAAUGAAAAUGUGAAACAUCAACUGAACCACCAAAAUAUGGACGACUUUGACAUCUAUCGGGUAGUAGUCAUUGCUGUGGGUAGGCAAUUUAUCCUGUUUAGUUUAGGUGAUCUGUUCAACCUUAAUUUCUGGUUGUAGAGUUGUCUUUUUAUGACAGAGCGAUCCAAUAAAGUACAGUAGUGAUGACUGUUUAUUUCAGGUUAACCUUCCUUCAUGAAAGACUCAUGUCUUUAAAGAGCACAUACAAUGAAAAUGUUUUAAUGCCGUCUUUGAAAAUGCACUUGUGUCCCAUUUAACCUUAUUUUCAAUUUUUGUUUUGCCAUUUACAAGGGUAUUUUUGGUGUCUUUUUGGUUUUUUGCUUAUUCGAUAAUUUCCAAAUUCAUGAGCAAAAGUGUGACGUCAUUUCAGGCAGAAACCUCAAUGUUAGAGUUAUUUCGGCACCACGAGUUGCCAGAAUUUUGGAGAUUUUGCUGUCGCAAAUUUUCUUUUCUUUGGCGAUUUUUUGUUGUGUCAGUACAUGAUGGUAAGCCAUGAGCAAUGUUUUUUUCACAAAUGU